AAUCUCCUUCAGAUCGCCAUCGCGCCAAAAUACGGAGCGCAACAGCGGCACUGUGAUCAAACCACCUGGGAUCUCAAUCGUACCACCGAUGCGCCGCGGCUCGAAUGGUGAUAUCAGGGACUUAUGGGCGCCGCCAUCACCUGGUCCAAACCUGCGCAUUCCUCGACGCCCAACGAUACUGGAUCUCGAACGUGGUCCGAUGUGACACCCUCUGGUCUCCAACCAGAUGCAUCUUAUUAUCUAUAACAACUUUCUUGAUUCCCGAAUUCAUUUCAGAGGUCGCAGCAGUCCCGCGGAUAUUUCUCAGAAGCGUGGUUUGGGAGAGAGAAAAGAAGAGCAAAUCAUACACAAAACAAACGAUGAUUAUUUCAACAGCGUUGUGUUCAUGUGCCCGAGUUCCCCGGAACAGGAAAGGCUACCCUCCGCCCAUUUUCUGUUCCUUGUGUUCAUCCUCAUCCACCAGUCCCGCUGACGCGCGCGCCGGUAGAUGUGGUACGAUAUCACAGUGUAUAAUGCCGCUGCCACCACCGUAUAUUUAUCGUUCUAUAAGUACGAUAUGGAGUUGAUUUGAAACGGAACGGGGCAAAGAAUCGUAAAAUGUGUAGAGUUCCAUAUCAUAAUAUUGCAAACAACGAAGGAUAGAUUAAAGAAUCGCCCCACAAGGAUUCCACACUCCCAAUCAUUGACAACAAGCGAGAGGUCACAUUCCCCGAACAACGCCAUAUGAAUGCAAAUGCAACGCCCCCUUCAUCAAUCCCCGUCAAUCCUGGUCACAAAACUC